UUUUAUUCAGCUCUUGCGCGCUCUCUUGGCUAGUUCGAUGGGCGUGCUUCCAACCUUAGCACAACUUGGACGCUGUACAACGCUUCUUCAUCGACCCAUAUAUAAACCAUAACGAGAUGUCGCCGUCUCGCUCAGGUGACGAACGCCCUCUAGCCUUGACAUAUUAAGCUCGUGAGGAGGUCGCAUCUGAGUCGUGCACGCCAAGUGGAAGUACAAUAUCGUGUUGGGCCGGCGCUGCGCUUGCAUGCCAUGAGAGGAAGUACUGGAGCAUAUUGCAUACGAGGAGCAGCGCAUGAGGUGGUUCAGCUGUUUUUAGAACAUCUGGUGGAGGAAAGGGCUGAGGUGGGGAGAGAUGAGAGGUAUAAGAGGCAGUGAUUGUCCGGGUAGCUGGGUGGAGACCAGUAUUUCGAUACUAUACUGCCUUUUGAAAAGUUAUAUUGAGCAACAUGCGUUUCUUGUCUGUCAUCGCUGCGCUCAUUGCUCUUGCUGCGGCCACGCCGGUCGAGCUGGAGGAGCGUCAGUCUACGCCUAAUCCUGACCAGGUCUACGUCGAGAAGGUGUCCUGGGCUGGCACUGGCUGCCCGCCCGGCAGUGCCCAAGUCGAUAUUGUUGAGGAGGGCACGCUCGUGUCCCUCGCUUUCAGCAAGUACGUCGCGGCGACCGGCACGGGUCAAUCCGCAUCCGAUGCGCGCAAGAACUGCGAUGUUCGCAUUACGCUCCACUACCCGCAAGGUUGGAGCUACACAGUCGCCAGCACGGAUCUGCGAGGCUAUGCCCGUAUCCCCAGUGGCUGCAGUGCCAGAAUUGGGGCCAUCUUUUUCUUCAGCGGUCAGACAAAUGAUGCCUCCGCCAUGAUUCCAUUCAACGGCCCGGUAGACAACAACUACCGCCUCACGGCGAGCAUUCCCGCCCAGUCGCUUGUGUGGUCUAAGUGCGGCGUUACCGGCCCGCUGUUCAACGUCAACUCCCAAGCCAUCAUUACUUGCAGCAAGGAUGCGAUCUUGGGCGUUGAUACCCAGGAUACGAAGUUCGAAAUGUUGUUGCACCUGCAGUGGAAGAAAUGCUAAGGGGUGGCGGCUGCUCAAGAGAUCGGCGGAGUCAAGUCGGCGGGUUGGGUGAGCAUGGAGAUCUGAAUACUUAGGUCCGUCUCUUCGCGAUUGCUUUAAUUUCGGCGGAGUUGAGUUUUCUCGGAUCUUGGAAUGUUUGCGAAAAGCCCCUCCACUCAUUUUGUCCCGUAACGGAUUGGAUGUGAUCAAAUAUAUGACCAUUGAAUGGACACGGAGUUUCUUGAGACACUGUUACAAAUGCGAACUCGGGCAGCGGCUUCAGGGUAGUGCAAGAGCUUGGCGAAGGAUGCUUCAAUAAGCUCAGGUGUGGUCUUUCCCGAUGGGCUGCCUUCGGCCAAGAUCC